GGUUUCAGCUGUCUUUCGCCUUCUUUCGCUCCAUUUGUUCGCAUUUCAGUAAUAGGACUCCUCGAAUCCAGCUUUUCAAAUUUAGACCCCAGCCCGCUUUUACUUUUAUUUUUUGCUUGAAGAAAUGGAAAGAGCGCCCAGUAGAGCCAAGGCAACAAAUAUCCUGCGUCCCAGCAGUAGGGCGCAGGGCCCGGGGUUCGCUGAUAGCGGCAUGCAGCCGCAGGCGCGCGUCUUGCCCGGCGGAGCGCGGGUCAUCACACCGUCGCAUAGCAAUGGGCAGCCGGUGCCUCCCGUGGGCGCACAGAUGCGGCGGCCUCCCUCAGCAGCGCAGUUCCUCAACCACCAGCUCGACUACACGCACCAGGUCAGCUAUGCGCACCAGCAGCAGGACGCGAUGGGCCGCCAGCGGAUGAACUCGUACUACGAGGGUAUGGCCGGCGAUCCGGCCAACAUCGUCCGGUCCGGCAGCCGGGCUGAGCAGCAACCGCCGCAAUCGCCGCACGGGCAGCAGCGGGCGCCGUCACGGUCGGGCCGGCCAAGCACGGUGACGGGGUUCUGGCCCGGCCACAUGGCGCAGCAGAACCCGGUUCCUAUGGGCAUGGCUAACAUGUUUGGCGGCGGCUUUGGCACCAUGGGCAUGGGCAUGCCGGGUGCGAUGGUGAUGGCUGGUCAGCAGCCGAUGCCGCCGCUGAGUGGUAGCCGUCCGAGCAGCGCACUGCAGGUGGUGCCGCCACCGCAGCAGCAGCAGCCAGGAGGCAGGCCAGGCACAGCCACUGGGCAUCGGCCGCCGUCGUCGGCUGACCCGAAUGCGCCAAUGGUCGUCAAUGUUGCGCGCGGUGGAGCGCGGGUGAUUGGGCCGAUGCGCGCAAAGACGCCGAUGGGCGAUACCAUGUUCCUGAACCCCAUCCCGCAGUCGCCAUCAUCGAACAUCGGCUCACAUCUGGUCAACCACGCCGCUGAGGUACAGAACGCACGGGAUGCUGUCAAGUCCGCCCUGUCAAACGCCUCUCGGGAAUCUGGUCGCAGCCGGUCCAACAGCACCGUGAUGCAGCCCUCGGAGGAAUCGAUGGAGGCUGCCGAGGCGCGGGUCAGCCGGAAGAUCCAGGACCUUGAGAUCUCAAACAAGUCGCUGAUGGCUGUCAAUGCCCAGCUUGAAGCCCGCGUCAAGCAGCAGACCGAGAAGAUCAGGGACCUGAACAAGCAGCUGAAGAACAGGGUGCCGUUUGACGCAGAGGCAGCCAUUGAUAUCGAAAUUAACGACGAGGUCGAUUAUUAAGGCCGGCAAGGUCAUCAGCGCAGCGGAGCUGGCAGAAGAAGAUGCGCAAUC